AUGGCAGAUCCAGGCAUUCAUCCAUCGGUGUUCGUCGUGGAUGGACAGACAGACGUGCCCUUCACCCGGCUGGGAGGGAGCAAGCCUCGGGCAUUUCAGAGAGCUCAGCUGGGUCUGGGGCUCCUGCUGCUCCUGGCACUGGCUGGUGUGGCCAUCGAGGGCUACUUUCUAUGGAGCUUCCAUUGGGACCUGAUGGCCCUUCGCCUGCGUCUACCAGUGAGUGCACCAGCUCACUCCUUGGAAAAGCUGGUUCAGGAGCGGAGAUCCUAUCAGGACAAGCCAGCAGCUCACCUUACAGGGGUCAACUCAAGCUUGGUAAUGAAUGGCGGACCACUGCUCUGGGAGGCCCACUUGGGUCUCGCUUUUCUUCGAGAUCUGAAAUAUCAAAAAGGGUCACUGGUGUGUACCCAGCCUGGCUACUAUUACAUCUAUUCCAAGGUGCAGCUUGGUGGUGUUGGAUGCCCUGGAGGGUCAAUGGCUGGUGGACCUGUUACCCAUGGGCUCUACAAGCGAACACCGAGAUACCCCAAGGACCUGGAGCUGCUGGUCAGCCGUCGAUCCUCCUGCGGGUGGGCAGGGACCUCAGCCAAAGUCUGGUGGGACAGCAGUUUCCUAGGUGGUGUGGUCCACCUUGAGGCUGGCGAGGAAGUCUUUGUCCGAGUGCCAGAAGAGAGACUGGUCAGGGUCAAGGAUGGGACUCGCUCCUAUUUUGGGGCCUUCAUGGUUUAA